AGACAGUCUGCGUCCAUGGAUCCACCGCAAGCAGUCCACCUGGGUCCUCGGAAGAAGAGACCCAGGCACACAGGCACAUCAAUGGCUUCCACACCUCAUGACAUCAGGUUCCGAGACUUGGUCCUCUUCAUCUUGGAGAAGAAAAUGGGAACCACUCGAAGAGCCUUCCUCAUGGAGCUGGCCCGAAGGAAAGGGUUCAGGGUGGAAAACGAGCUCAGUGAUUCCGUCACCCACAUUGUGGCGGAGAAUAACUCGGGAUCAGACGUCCUGGCCUGGCUGCAGCUACAGAACAUCAAAGCCAGCUCGGAGCUUGAGCUCCUUGAUGUGUCCUGGCUGACUGAAUGCCUGCGAGCCGGGAAACCCGUGGUGAUGACAGGAAGACACCAGCUGGUUGUGAGAAGAAACUCCUCCUCGAGUCCCACCCCAGGACCCCAGGACACUCUGCCACCUGCUGUGCAAAAGAUCUCCGAGUAUGCUUGUCAGAGGAAGACCACAUUAAACAAUUACAACCGAGUAUUCACGGAUGCCUUUGACAUCCUGGCUGAAGACAGUGAGUUUAGAGAGAACGAAGGCUCCUGUCUGGCAUUCAUGAGAGCAGCAGCCGUACUGAAAUCGCUGCCAUUCCCCAUCAUCAGCAUGAGAGACACAGAGGGAAUUCCUUGCCUAGGGGACAAAGUGAAGUGUGUCAUAGAGGGAAUUAUUGAAGAUGGAGAGAGUUCUGAGGUUAACACUGUGUUAAGUGAUGAACGAUAUAAAUCCUUCAAACUUUUCACAUCUGUGUUUGGAGUGGGACUGAAGACGGCUGAGAAAUGGUUCAGGAUGGGAUUCAGAACUCUCAGUAAAGUAGAGUCAGACAAAAGCCUGACGUUUACGCGGAUGCAGAAAGCAGGAUUCCUCUACUAUGAAGACCUCGUGAGCUGUGUGAACAGGGCAGAAGCAGAGGCCAUCAGCGUGCUAGUGAAAGAGGCAGUUGCGGCAUUUCUUCCAGAUGCUUCGGUCACCGUGACUGGAGGGUUCCGCAGAGGUAAGAUGACUGGACAUGAUGUGGACUUUCUGAUUUCCAGCCCAGAAGCCACAGAGGAAGAAGAGCAGCAACUCUUACAUAAAGUGACAGACUUGUGGAAACAGCAGGGGUUACUUUUGUACUGCGACCACAUAGAGUCGACAUUUGAAAAGUUCAAGCUGCCGAGCAGGAAGGUGGAUGCUCUUGAUCACUUUCAGAAAUGCUUCCUGAUUCUGAAGCUGCACCAUCAGAGAGUCGACGGUGACAGGAGCAGCCAGCAGGACGGAAAGGGCUGGAAGGCCAUCCGUGUGGAUUUGGUCAUGUGCCCCUACGAGCGCCGGGCGUUCGCCUUGCUUGGGUGGACUGGCUCCAGGCAGUUUGAGAGAGACUUGCGACGCUACGCCACACAUGAGCGGAAGAUGAUGCUGGACAACCAUGCUCUGUAUGACAAGACCAAGAGAGUGUUUCUUGAAGCAGAAAGUGAAGAAGACAUCUUCGCCCACCUGGGAUUGGAGUACAUUGAACCAUGGGAAAGGAAUGCCUAAGAAGGGGCUGUUGACACUGUUCAUUUCAGGUUAGGCGAAGCGCUGUUUGCUAGUAGAGGAUGGCUUGGCAAAGUCUGGGAUUCUUUAGGCCUCAGGAAAUGCAGGCAGGAAGUGGAUCCUAAGUAUACCAUGCAUAGAGGAUAAACUUUGGAGGCUCAACAAACCAGGAUGUGGCCAUGGGUCACAUUCUCAGGCCAUCUGUCCCACUGCUACAUAGAAUUCAUGUUUGUU